AUGCCAUCCAAGAAGCAUGCCAUCGCAGACGACGAUUUCGAGCCACACCAGCUCAAUGUUCGGCUACCCGAAGUUUGUGUUGAUUACCUUUCCUACAAAUUUGACGAGAUGGAUCUUGCUGCCUCAUGGCGAGUCAUGACAAAAAAGAAGAAGACUGUAGUUGAUGGCAUUCGUCUUGAGAAUGCCUCAUGGCGUACAUGGGCCAAAACAAAAAAUAAUCUUAAGACGAUCAGUCCCCAGACCCUCAACUGGCUUAAGGAUAGUGAUGUGACUUGGUUGUAUGGUCCACUCCACACAGUUAUAAAGAGUACCGAUAAAGAAGAUAGAUUUGGCCACCCAAGAGUAGCAACUACAGAAGAAACAUUAGGAUUGAUGACCUCAAGACCCCUUUGUACCAACGCCCCCAUCACACCACAAGGGUUGCCACUAAAGUCUGCUCUCAAAAAAGUAACAAUGGCUGAUCUUCUUAAACGAUCUGCGACAGAACUACGCCAAAGUGAAGCUGAGCAUGAAGAAUGGCUGAACCAUCAAAAACAAUAUCGUCAACAUCAAAAAGAUCAUCAAACGCAACAGCAACAAGAGCAGCAACAAGAGCAGCAGCAACAGCAGCAAAGGCAACAAUCUGGAGAUAUCACUCUUUCUCCAACAAUCUUUUCUUCUGGCCGCCAAACAAAACUGAGAUUUAAUCACCACGUGGAACAAUGCAUCGCUUUGCUAGACGACGAGACCGAAGUCAGGCUGCAGCCAACUUUGCCGAAAGUGUCGCUCCAAGAAAGCACACAGAGAAGUAACUCUAAGAAUGUCUGCCCUCGUUCAUCUAUCAAGAUAAUUGCACCAGCCCGUCUUAAGCACUCCCAGCCGGAUGAUAUUGACAUUGAUGAACUCAGCCCUUCUAUAAAAAGCUUUACUGAGGAGGAUAAAGAAAUUCUCCCAGAAGUAAUUGUGCCAGAACAAGUCGAGCAUUUCGAAGCAGAAUCCACAGCACAGCCAAAAAUCCAAGAUACUGCAAAAGACAACGGUGCUCUCAGAGAAUGCUUAGUUGGGAUUGAUCAGCGUGGCUCUACGCACUGGACAGGCAAUCACUCUUUGCAGGGAAAUGAUGCGCAGGACAUCUCAGAAUCAUCGAUAUUUAGCCAUUUUGCCCACUGGGCGUCGUCUUACUUGUGGCCAACAAGAUCUCCUAUCCCAAUUUCUACAGCAAGUCCUCUCCAUCUCAUCUAUGCCUAUGCCUAG